AUGUUGACAUCAUCCUCCGCCACGAACAGCUCCUACUCCUCGUCCGUUGCUUCCUCGGACCCUCAUCUCCCCUAUCAACACCCACAGCCCUCGUCAACCAUCUCCCUGGGCUCACAACACCUACGUCGCACCCCAAUGCCCGUCAAAUACCCACGAUUCUACUCCACGCCUCUAGAUGACGGCCUCGAAACACCACUGCAAAUCUACGGCUACGAACAGCGCGAGCCAUCCAUCUACGAGAAACCAAAGCUACUCCACCGUGUCUCGCACGCCCUCGACGAUAUCAAGGAAGAUUUCUCGUUGAAUCUGGACCCUGCCCGCUCAACUGCCGACAAGAUCAAGCGUCGAUCAACGCUGCUCCUCGACGCUAACUUUGGCGCAACUCUACGCCCGGAAACUGCAGAUGGUGCCUUGGCCCGCCACUCUCGUCCAAUGUCUAUCAUGUCCGUCUCCAGCCCGCAGCGCAGUCUGAGCCGGCGACUUAGCCGACGACUAUCUAUUUUCUCGGCGCGGAGCAAGAGUGCGACCGUGUCGAAGGGGGCGAGUAUUUCGACGCCGAAUUUGAUCGGGUCGUCGAUGCAGUAUGCGAAUGGCAGUCGGACGGCUUUCAUCUAA